CUCACCACUCAAUAACCUACCUUCACUGAACUCCUAAAUCCUAAAACAAUCUGCAUCUCCAAGUGCUUUCUAUACCUUUAGAAAAAGAAACAUUUGAUCAUGGCCUUGAGUAUGGCAAAAAUUCUGCGGACUACUAAAACAGGCCUCAGGAGGUCUUCUUCAAGAACAAACAGAGAAAGCGAGGUUCCUAAGGGUCACUUUGCAGUUUAUGUAGGUGAGGGUGAAAAGAAGCGUUUUGUCCUUCCAAUAUCAUACUUGAAGGACUCUUCAUUCCAAGACUUGCUUAGUCAGUCUGAAGAAGAAUUCGGAUUUGAUCAUCCAAUGGGAGGACUCACAAUUCCUUGUCCCGAGGCUACCUUCCUUGACAUCAUCUCUAGUUUGAGUUGAUCUUUAGAAAAUACAGAUAGAUUAGCUUAGUUUAGACUUUUGUGAACAAUUUUUUGGGUGGAAAGAGUAUGUAAUCUUAUAAAGUUCAUUCAAAGAAUAUCAGAAUAUACUACAACUUCAUAC